CUGAUACAGUAGACCAAAGUUCCUGGAAUCUUAGUGUUAUAGCUCCUGGAAUCUAGUGUCGACGCGGGAAGGUAUCUAAAGGAAGUCAUUCACUGGUGCAGGUCGUUUCGUUCGCAGCUCCGCUUCUAGGUCUCGAACGCAUUUGUUUCUUAUAUCGUCGUAGUGUGACAGGAGAGCCUUGAGAUACCAUGCAGGUGCACAGGCGGAGAUAACGAUCGGCCGUAGUGCCUUUACAGACAGCGGGUUUUGUUAUUCCUCGUCGGAAUCUCGUUCCUGGCACGACUAGUGCCGAGACGAUACAGGGAUGACGGGCCUCUUAGACAGAAUACGAAGGCUUUUCAGGAAGCCCGAGCAGCGGGAGGACCGGCUCUUUUACAUUAACGAUGCUGAGAGUAACGAGGAUUUUGUUUUCAGCAGCAAUAAGAUCGCGACGACCAAGUACACUUGGUACACCUUCAUUCCCCGCGGUCUCUUCGAGCAGUUUCGACGGGUAGCCAACUUCUACUUCCUCUUCAACGCCAUUAUUUCCCUGACGCCUCUGAGUCCCGUCAUGCCCAUCACCACCAUCACCCCUCUCGUCUUUGUCAUCGGCCUCGCCAUGCUUAAGGAGCUCUGGGAGGAUAUUAAGCGCGGCGCGUCGGACUACGAGACGAAUAAGCGGAAAAUCCGCGUGAUUCUUCCGGACGGGUCGGAAGCGAUGCGGGAAUGGAGGGAGUUAAGAGUCGGGGAUAUAGUGCAGGUUGAAGGUGAUACUUACUUCCCCGCAGAUUUGAUAUGCUUAGCCAGCAGCAGCGACGACGGCUCGUGUUACGUGGAAACGAUGAAUCUGGACGGAGAGACUAAUCUUAAGUUGCGGAAGGCGCUACACGAGACGUACGCGCUAGACGGUUCGCAGCUCGCGAGAUUGAGAGGCACUGUCGAGUGCGAGCACCCUAACGUCUCUAUCUACACAUUCACGGGGAAGAUGCGCCUCGAGGGCCUUCAGGAGACGCCUAUAUUCCUUUCGCCGACUAAUAUCCUCCUUCGCGGCUCGAAGCUAAGAAACACGCGGUUCGCUGUCGGGCUGGUGGUCUACUCGGGCCGCGAGACGAAGAUCAUGAUGAACGCCACGGAUCCGCCGUCCAAGCGAAGCUUCGUGGAAAGGCGGCUGGAUUACGUCAUCCUUUUCGAGCUCGUCCUCAUGCUAGCCCUAGCAAUCUUCCCUGCGGCCGUUUUUGCGGCGAGAUUGCCGUACCAGGAGGAGCAUAUGUGGUACCUGGAGCUGGACCAGAACAGCCAGCUUACAGGGCUUAACAAGGCGCAGUAUAACGCGAACAACCCCGCGCUGGCAGGCGUUCUGCAGUUCUUCACGUGCCUCGUGCUCUACGGCUACUUUGUGCCCAUCUCGCUGUACGUGACGCUGGAAAUCGUGAAGCUGCUGCAGGCAGUCACCAUCUCGUUCGACCUGCACAUGUACUACGAGGAGAAGGACAUCCCCGCUAUUGCACGCACCUCUAACAUCAACGAGGAGCUCGGCAUGGUGCGCACAGUGCUGUCGGACAAGACCGGCACGCUAACGCGCAACCAGAUGGAGUUCUUCAAGUGCUCCAUAGCCGGCGUCCCCUACGGCAUGGGCGUCACCGAGGUCGAGAAGGCCGCCGCCCAGCGUGCAGGCCGGCCUCCCCCAGAAGAGGACGAAGAGGACGAGCAGGUGUACCUCCCCGAGCGCCCCCUGGAAAAGGGGUUCAACAUGCGGGACCCGCGGCUGGACGGCAUGAAGUGGGUGGAGCAGCCCAGUGCGGACGACAUCAGGAGGUUCCUGGAGGUGCUGUCCGUGUGCCACACGGUGGUGGUGGAUACAGCCCCCGUGGAGCGCGCUGCCAGCAGCAAUAUCUUCGCCAUGGGGUCUGGUGGGGGGCCGGGGGCGGGCGUUUUGGGGCCUGGGGAGGUGGGGAAUGGGGGAAUUACAGGGAGUGGGUCAGGUGGGGUGGAUGUAGGGGCGAGUCUUGGGAUGAAGGGCAGCAGCAGCAGCCUGAGUCUGGCCAGUGCAGGGUCUGCGAAUGCCAGCAGGGGAGUGAAUGGAGCAGGAGGGGGAGGGGGAGGGGGAGGGGGAGGGGAGACGCCGCUGUUACCGCAGGGCGAGGAGGCGAUGGACGCGGAUGCGGUGCGCUUCCUGGCGGAGUCCCCCGACGAGGCGGCGUUUGUGGUGGCGGCGAAGCGGCUGGGGUUCCUGUUCCUGGGGCGGCAGGGCAACGAGCUGAAGGUGCGGGAGUAUGGGAGUGGGUGGAGCGUGGUGCACGACCGGCCGUAUGAGCUGCUCAACACGCUCGAGUUCACCAGCCACCGCAAGCGCAUGAGUGUGGUGGUGCGCGCGCCAGAGGGGCGCCUGCUGCUGCUGUGCAAGGGGGCAGACAGCGUAAUUCUGGAGCGGCUGGGCACCACCGAGCAGGCCCAGAAGUACCGGCCUAUCACAGAGCGCCACAUGACCAUGUACGCAGAGGCGGGGCUGAGGACGCUGGCAAUAGCGUGGAGGGAGGUGGGCGAGGAGGAGUACGCUGCGUGGCAGCAGCGGUGGGUGGAGGCGAAGGGGUAUGUGGCGGACGCGGCUGUGCAGGCAGAGAGGCUAGAGGAACUGGCGGAGGAGCUGGAGAGUGGGCUCAUCCUGGUGGGCGCCACGGCCAUCGAGGACAAGCUGCAGAUCGGUGUGCCUCAAGCCAUCGAGUCCCUGGCCCAGGCGGGCAUAAAGCUGUGGGUGCUGACGGGCGACAAGCUCGAGACAGCCAUCAACAUCGGCUUCGCAUGUAGCCUGCUCAGGCACCACAUGCGGCAGCAUCUCGUGUUCCUGGAGGAUAACGAGGCGGCUACGAAAGAGGCUGCCAGGCGGGGCGUGCCACUUAAAGAGUUCGCAGCAGAGCUGGUGCGCUCUCAGAUCCUAGCAGCCAGUGAGUCGGUGCACGGCGCACAGAGCGGGGGCACAUGGGAAGGUAACACAGCAGAUCCGUCCGACUCCAGGCAUGGCGAUUCGCGCACGGCUGAGGAGACAGCCGCAGGGGAGGCACAGGAGGAAAGGGAGGGGGACGGUGGGAGCGAGGGCGAGAGAGGGAGUGAGAGCGAGGGGCCGGCUGACGAGGAGCACGCGGUGGUGAUAGAUGGCAAGGCGCUGGCUCUGGUUUUGGCAGACGACGCGCUGCGCCUGGCGUUCCUGGAGCUGGCGCUGCAGUGCGCGUCGGUGAUCUGCUGCCGCGUGUCCCCCAAGCAGAAGGCGCAGGUCACUGCCAUGGUGCGACGGGAAGGGAAGCAGAUCUGCUUGGCGAUUGGGGAUGGCGCGAACGACGUGGGCAUGAUCCAGAAGGCGAACAUCGGCGUGGGGAUCCGAGGCGAGGAGGGGCAGCAGGCUGUCAUGGCGUCGGACUUUGCCAUUGGCCAGUUCAGAUUCCUGGAGCGGCUGCUAUUGGUGCACGGGGGAUGGUGCUACAAGCGCAUCUGCGUGCUGAUCACGUAUUUCUUCUACAAGUGUUUCGUGUUCGCAUUCACCAUCCUCUUCUACAACUGCCUCGCUUACUUCUCCGGCACGUCGGUGUACUACGACUGGUACCUCACGCUCUACAUGGUGCUCUUCACCUCGCUGCCCAUCGGCGUCGUGGGCGUCAUGGAUCAGGAUGUCAAGGCCGUGUACAGGCUGCGCUAUCCCCAGCUCUAUGGCCAGGGCCAGCGCAACGAGUUCUUCUCCGUGCUGAGCGUGGCGAGCUGGAUGGCCAACGGGCUCACUCAGGCCGCCGUGAUCUUCGCGCUCUCCCUCGUGCCCUUCGCCCUCGUGGCGGACCGCAGCACGGGGUACAUCCUGGACCUCACGGCCGUCGGCACCAUCAUGUACUCGGCGGUUGUGACGACCGUCAACCUGGAGCUGGGGUCCAAUGUGCAGUACUGGAACGUGCUGCACUUCCUCACCAUAUUCGGCUCCAUCCUCUUCUUCUUCGUCCUCAUGGCGAUCGGCAGCUACCUGCCCAUCAAGUGGGUCGGCAAUCUGUCCGGCGUUGCCGCCCAGCUGCUGCCGGCAGCUAGCUUCUGGCUCAACCUGGUGCUGGCGGUGGUGGCGGCCAUGCUGCCGUCGUACGCUGUCCGAGGAAUGUGGAGGCAUCUGCGCCCAGGCGACCACGAGGUGGUGCAGGAGAUCGAGCGGCGGGAGAGGCGGCGGCGGCUGAUGCGGCUGUCCACCAUGGCACGCCACAUGUGUGUGGGCGCCCCGCUGGUGGCCAAUCACGGCGAAAAUGGCGCUGCUGACGUGGAGCAGUCGGUCCAUAGCUCUGCAGGCUCUGGCAGCAGUGAUGUUGGUGGGAAGGGGAAGGGGAAGGGGAAGGGUGGAGUGGGGAAUGGAGUGGUGGGGGAGUAUCAGAUGGCUGAGAAUGGAGGGGUGGGUUUCACUGCAACUGAGGAGCUGAGACACAGAAACCACCAGCAACAGAGACACGUGCAGCAGUAACCACCGCAUGGUCCAUGCGUAUGAGUGGUCAGUAGUAAUGAAUGAGUGAAUGGCAAGCAGCCAUGGGAUGGGGUUGUGUUGGUGGCUGAAAAGCAAAAUGGCCUGGAGUACCGUAUAUUGAUUGUGAUGGUCUGGUGCAGCUGGUUAGCACCAUACGCCCAUGGUAUUGAUGGCAGCAGGUAACUCAAUCAGCACAGUCAUCACAGCUGGUGCUGUGUAAUCAUAUGUUCGUUUGUUCCUAUAAUA